UCAGUGACAUUGAGGUCUUUCCCAUGACAACAUUGCACCACGAGACAGCAAUGCAGGCUGCAGUUUAAAAACCGAUGGAGUGAUAGAAUAUGAGAUCAGGAAAGACUCGCGCGAGUUGCUGUAUUAUUAACAUAAGAUAUAAGCUAAUCACCACAAGACUGUCAAAAUGGUGCUCAAAUCCAGUAACUGUAAUCGGAAUAGUGGUAACACAAUGCGGGUGAAGUAUUUUAAGGAUCAGUGGGCAUGGAAAGAGCGUCACUGGAAGUAUGUCAACAAACUGGUGAGAAACAUUCCCUUGAAAGCUGAAGAAGGUAAAGAUUGGGAUAUAGAUGUGGCUCAGUGCUACAUUGAUGAUGGAGGACUGGAGUGCCAUCCAUUGAAUCCAAAUGGCUAUCAUUCACUCACAUACUCUCUUAACAAGCGAAAACGUUGGACCUUGGUGAACACAUUUGCAGAUGCAAUGUCAAACCAAGAUCUCGCUGAUGAAGAGUUUAAAGUCACCCUGGUGGAGAGAUCAGAUCAUGUGUCUGAAGGUGGUCUGAGCCUUAGGAAUCCGCGUGCCAAUGUGACUGCUUACUAUGACAGUCAUGCAGGAAAAUGCUGUCUCAAACCAAGAAAAACAUUUUCAUUUCUUACAGAAUUGCUGAAAAAAGGCAAAGAUUUAUCUAGAAUAAAAGAAAAGAAAAUUAGAAAGCAGAAGAAAUCAUUCCACAACCAACAUUUUAGAGGAGUUCAGAGAAAGCUAAAGACUGUUCCAAGAAAUAAAAUUAAUGAAAGACAGAUGGAUAAUGAUGAUGCCUCAAAGAAGGAAAUAAGAUAUGAAAUUGCUGUUCCUGUUUGUGGAGGUCUAUAUAGAUUAGAUUCGCCAUAUAAGGGUUUCUCACCAAUAGAAGAGUCUAGAACAUUUCGGGGUGAAAAGAGAAAAAUGCUCACCUGGUAUUUUACUGAUGCACUGCAACCUGGUUUAGCCACAGCACACAAAAGCGGAGUUUUCAAAACACAGGUGCAUUCAGAAGAUUUAUGCACCAAUGCUGCAACCGACACAAGAGAGGAUGAGAUAGAUAUACCAAAAGAGUUCAAAGCCCCAAAUCUGCAAAAAUUUUCCAUUGUUGACUUUCUGACUUCACCAAGCUCUGCAUCUUGUGCCAAUCAACAAAGGAAGUCUUUUGCGAAAAAGAGCCACACUAGUGUCACUGCUGUUAAUCCUGCCAGUUCUAUACAGACCAAAAAAUACGGCAAGGGGUCUGCUAUCUUCAUGCAUUGCUUAGACACAUCUUCAGAUGCCAGUGAACAAGACUCUAAAGUAGCUAGUGAUGAUGGAGAUUCAGAUUUAGAAUCUUCUGCUGGUGGUUUAUUUGAGCCAUCAGUGCUUUCUACAAACACCUGGGAUAUGGAAGCAGAAAUUUUGAAAUUUGAAGAAAAUAUAAGCCUAUGUAAACUUAGUGAAAGUGAACUUAACCAAGAACAUCUAGAGAAAAAAUAUGAAGGCAGUUUUGAGGUUGGCCAUUGUGUUCCUUUCACUGUUGCCUUCAGCCUGCAAAAGGCUGUGUCCCAGAUUAAUGUGGGGAGUGAAAAUCUGCAUGGAAAAGAUGCUGAUUCAGCAGGAGACUGGUACCUUCUCUGUCAAGCAGCACCAUCUACCCAACACAAGAAUCAUGAAUUUAAAAACAAGUUAUUUAACAUUUAUCUUCAUAGCAGUGCAGAGGAAGACCUGGUGAAGUAUGCAAACACACAAUUAAGAAAUAUCCUUAAACUGGAAAACAAUGCUGAGAAAGUCUUGCUACUAGAUGAUGUACUUCUUUGGACGUGGGAUAUUGUCAUCCACCUAACUGCACUGAGACAAAAGAAAGCAACCAAGAUCGUGCUCAAAACACAACACCUAGAGGACUUCAUUCCUCUUCAAAAGUUUGGUGGCCAUGCAUCAGUGUGCAGUGUCCCACAAGCGUACCUUCUGACACCGGAUCAAUCCCAGCAAGAGCACAGGAAAAUAGACAAAAUUCAGAUCUCCUUGGAUGUUGAGUUUUUGGAGAACAUAUGCUCAAUCUGCCUGGCUUCAAUAGAAGAUACUGGAAAGGAAGAUGGUCUCUUUUUCAUGUUUCUCACAAUGUGGAAUUGUGGACACAGCUUUUGCAGACGAUGCUGGCAGAAUCAUCUCACAACUUGUAUUUUGAGUGGACAAACAUCUUUAACAUGCAUGGAGUACAAGUGUGUGGCUGAAGUGGACUGUGUAACACUGCUGUCACUUGUUCCUCACCAUGUCUACAUAAAGUGGCAGCAACUUAUGCAAAGCAUCGCAGUUGAAAGAAGUGGAAUAUGGAAGUGGUGUCCAAAUCCCAGUUGUGGAAGAGUGGCUAAACAUUGUCAUCUUCCAAGUUGUUCUCCAUCAGCAUCAGAUCAUCUUCGUGGUUUACCUGUUGCAUGUGAAUGUCAACAUCAUUGGUGUCUCGACUGUGGAGAGCAAUCCCAUUGGCCACUAUGCUGCAGACAAUAUAUUAGUUACAAUAAAAUGCUACAGCAGUAUGGGAACAAAGAGGGAAGUAAAACUGAGGAUGUGAUGGUUACUUGGGUCAAGGUCAAGCGAUGUCCACAGUGUGCCUACCCAAUAGAGAAGAAUGGCGGAUGCUCUCACAUGACAUGCACACGGUGUCAUAAAGAGUUCUGCUGGACAUGCAAGUCAGACUGGUACAGCCACAUGUCAGGAGUAUGGCAAGGCUGCAAUGACAGAGGAGAAGAAACACUUGAGUUGGACAACAGCAAAGUCUAUCCUCUACCCAUUCAAUGUUAUAAGCAGGCUGUUAGUCAUCGUUUCUUCUGGAAACAAGUGGAAAAGACUUGGCACCAAACACUUAUUGACUUAAACAGUAAUUUUGUCCGUAAGAUGAAGGCAAGAGAGCUUGAUCAUAGUGCUGUUUCCGUAGUUCUUGAAGUUUUAAAGUUCCUGAAACAGGGAUAUAGUCUGCUUGAACUGGGAAACAUCCUGUUAUCAGACACUGCACGUUCCAACAAAGCAGCUAAAGUUUUGAGGGGCAGACUGACCAUUCUGGAGUUUUCUUGCAACAGGUUUACAGAACAUCUCAAGAAACCAAAGCUCAAAAUACUGAAAGACAUAGCAUGGUUUCAGAAGAAUUUGGUAUAUGGUAGCAAAGUCAUUCAUCAGGUGUGCUACAGUGCUCGUGAACUAAGACAGCUUAUGAAGAGCCCCACUCAGCAGUGGCUUCUUCAGAGGGACCACGAAGAAUUUGUCAAUUACAGGUGAACGUGAAGAAUUUGUGAAUGACACGUGAACAAGUGAACUAGAGAUAUUACAGUGGGAUGUGUUCCAAAGUUAACUUUCUUACAAAAUCUGUGAUGAAUAACUCAUCUUGUGAACUUUGUCUGCAAAAUAUCAAAGACCAGUUGUGAACUGAUUCUUUGUAAUGGCUGUCUUAUCAGAUUCAAUAUGAUACAUUGAAGAAAUUGCCUACAUCUGCUCUGAAGAGUAAAAUAGCAUUUAUUAUAUCUCCCUUUCAGUUGGAAGAAAGUGUGGUUAUACACACCAACCGACAGCAAAACUCACCUUUGUUGUUAGUGGGUUAUUUUGGAAGCGUCUAGAAUGUUUAUUGAAAUGGUAUUAGGAUGUUCUUGUGAUAUAAAUUCCCACCCUCACCCUACUUCUCUUCCAUUUAAACCUACUUUCUUGGGUGUUAAGCAUGGAGUUUGGCUGGCGGUAGAUAUAUGGGCACAUAAACACCAGCACACAAGUGAUCAGAAUCACACAAAACGAUUCGACCAUUGCUCGAAACAAACUACAGUAUAAUUAUUUCAACUCUAGUCAAACCAAAUGCAAAUCCAACAAUCUAGGAAUAUGGACUAAUAACGAUUACUCCACAUAAGUUAAUUGGUGACAAUGGGCACUAUAUCAGAGGAAAACAUCUUCACAAUGAAUUUCACUAAAAGAAUUGUUUUAGUGUUUUAAACCUAACCAAUUGUGUCAGAAACUUGUUUGCAAGAUAUUUAUCUUACUAGGCUGUCUGAAUGAUAAUAAUAAAAUAUGAAACCUGAAAACUUUAUAUGCAAACUCAAUGCAUCAGUCAAGCGACAAAGAUUUGUUUGUUAAUUUUGUUUUACACUGUGAUCUUAAAUUUUCCAUUAAAUGUUAUAAUCAUUGUUUACAACAUUUUUACACACCAGAGCUGUGAUAUUAGUUGUUUUAUGACAGUUUUGCUCGCCUCCAACUAUAUAUUUUAUAGCAAUCAUUUUAGAAAGCACAUGUUCAACAGAGCUUACAGAAAACAAUCAGUUUAAGUUAAUAAAAGAUUUUAACAUUG